UUCCCCGGAUUUGACGACCUCUACUGCAAGUUCUGCUUUGUCUACGGCCAAGACUGGGUUCCCACAGCGGGCCUGGAGGAGGGCAUCUCCCAGAUCACCUCCAAGAGCAACAUCGCGCCCACCACGCUCGUCUGGAACUUCCCCAUCGACAUUACCUUCAAGAGCACCAACCCGUCUGGCUGGCCGCAGAUUGUAGUGAGCGUCUACGGACCCGACUUUUUUGGAAACGAUGUGGUCAGAGGUUAUGGAGCUGUUCAUGUUCCCUUCACACCCGGAAGGCAUACAAGAACCAUCCCUAUGUUUGUUCCAGAAUCCACAUCUAGGCUGCAGAAGUUUACAAGUUGGUUCACAGGGAGACGUCCAGAAUUUACUGACCCCCGAGUGGUGGCGCAGGGAGAAGGAAGAGAAGUAACGAGGGUGCGAUCUCAAGGCUUUGUGACCAUUUCCUUCAACGUAGUGACCAAAGACAUGAAGAAGUUGGGCUAUGACGUGAGCCCAAGCGACAUGCAGAACCCUUCUCUGGUGCCUGUGACAGAAGGAAUUCAUAG